AUGCCGACGUUGGAGCAGAUUUUGGCAGAGCUAGAUGGUGCAGCUUGGUUCUCCACUAUCGAUAUUACUAACGCAUUCUUCCACAUCGAGCUGCAUGAAGAAUCAAGACAUCUGACGAACUUCUUCACAGAGUUCGGGAUGUACCGGUGUGUGCGACUCCCUUUCGGUCUCUGUAACGCGCCAGAUGUGUUCCAGGAGACAUUGCAGCGGAAGGUGCUGGGAGGAUGCAAAGGAUGCAGGAAUUACCAGGAUGACAUUUUGGUUUUCGGGUCAACGAAAGAAGAGCACGACGAGAAUUUGGCCUCCGUCCUCGCGUGCUUGGCGAAUCACAACGUGAUGUUGAACAAAAGUAAGUGCGUUUUUGGAAGCCAGAUUUUAGGGUUUUUAGGCUUUACAUUAACGCCACAAGGUUGGAUGGUGGAGGAAGGAAAAAUUUCAGCGAUCAGAGAAUUCAGGACUCCAAUUAGUUCAUCAGAAGUCAAAAGCUUUCUCGGAUUGAUCACGUUUGUGGAUAAAUUCAUCGUACACCGUGCUACUAAAACGGAGCAUUUACGAGCAUUGGCAGUUUCCGAGAAGUUCUAUUGGACCGAAAACGAGGAGCGAGAAUUUGAAUACCUGAAAAAUGAAGCACUGAAAACGAUAAAGCGUCUUGGAUACUACAACCCAGCGGAUCGCAUCGAACUCUUUGUGGAUGCAUCACCAACGGGCCUCGGAGCGGUGUUAGCACAGUACAAUGAAGAUGGGCAACCACGAAUCAUUGCCUGCGCGUCUAAAGUGCUUUCGCCAACAGAGCAACGUUAUCCGCAAACGCAGAAAGAAGCGCUUGCUCUUGUGUGGGGCGUUGAGCGGUUUAACUAUUAUCUGCUGACAACAUCCUUCGUGAUUCGAACUGAUGCUGAGGCUAAUCAGUAUAUUUUCCAUACCAAUCAUCGUUUGGGAAGAAGAGCAGUGACACGGGCUGAGAGUUGGGCCUUGAGGUUACAACCCUAUGACUUCACCGUUCAACGCAUACCGGGAAAUGAAAAUGUAGGCGAUGCAUUGUCCAGACUGAUUCCAGAAACGCAGAAGUGCAUACCGUUUGAUGAUGAUAACGAGAAACAUUUCCUGUAUGCACUGGAUUCAGGAUCCAUGGAACUUACUUGGAGUGAAAUUGAAUCUAUGUCAGAAAGCGACGAAGAAUUGCAAUCAGUCCGUGAAGCGCUAAAUAAAAGAAAAUGGACGCCUGAAAUUCGAGCUUACGAAGCCCAUAAAAAAACAUUACAUUGCCUUGGAUUUUUAGUUUUUAAGGACGAACGUGCGGUGUUGCCUCGGACUCUUCGCAGGAAAGCCUUGGAAUCUGCCCAUGGAGGACACAUUGGCGAGGUGGCUAUGAAACGCAUAAUGCGCCAAUUUUUUUGGUCGCCAAAGAUGUCAGCGGAAGUUUUGCUAUUCAUCAAGAAUUGUGAAACGUGCGCGUUACUGUCCAAACGAAAUCCGCCUGUGCCGCUAGUGUCAAGAGAACUCCCGGAAGGACCUUGGGAGAGCCUUCAAAUUGACUUCUUGUCGGUUCCACGUUUUGGUACAGGAGAGUUCUUGGUUGUGAUCGACGUGUAUUCUCGGUACCUUCAUGUGGUAGAGAUGAAGGCCAUGGAUGCUGAGAGUACAAAUGCUGCAUUAUGCGAGGUUUUCCAGACUUGGGGAUUGCCUAUCAUCUUGCAGAGUGAUAAUGGUCCCCCAUUCCAGAGCGCAGCAUUUAUCGAAUUUUGGAAAAGCAAAGGGAUUGAUGUACGAAAGUCGAUCCCCUUAAGUCCCCAGUCCAAUGGGGCAGUCGAAAGACAGAACCAGGGGAUUAUUAAGGCACUGUCGGCAUCAAAACUGGAUGGAAGGAACUGGCGACACGCUCUCCAAGAGUUUGUUCACCGGCACAACACACUGGUUCCUCACUCUAGGCUUGCAGUGACACCGUUCGAAUUAAUGGUCGGUUGGAAGCAUCGUGGAACGUUCCCCAGUUUAUAG